AUGCCCCAGGCUAGUCCCGCACGAAGGCCUUUACUGAUGGGAAACAAGUUGUGUGGUACAGCAUACACGGUGAUGAGACGCUACCGAGGUCAAAAUCAGAUGAAGAUAGUAUACCGUCGAACGAUGGACUCGGCGGACGUGGUAGCAAAAUCUCGGUACGACAGGGUCCUCGGCACCCUAACCUCUCGAUGUGCCGCCACAGUUUUGGAGACGAUAUCGCGACCAAUCAACGUUGACGAAUCCUCUUCACUACAGAGGAAUAACUUUGGUCGUAAGAGUCGCUUUGCGAGUUCGAAGAUACUGAAGAGAAAUGUGUCUGAUAUAUUGUUCGCGGUCGGCUCACCGAAUUAUUCACAAACAGAGGCCAGCUCCCGAAUCCAUCGCAACGAAUUUAACACUGGAUGCGCCAGGAGGGUUGCCCAGGCCAUCCGCCUCAGAAACCAGAUCCUACAUCAGGCUCUUCUCUGCAUUUGGCGCAUGCCCCAGAAUCCAUGCAAGCACACUGUCGUGAAGUUUCCAUUGUACAAGAGGCGAGUUCUUGUCAGAGGAGAAGAGAAUAUAGAUCUGGAAGAAAUCAGAAGACGCUGCACAGAAGGGACAGGGGGGUUGUGGUUAGGAGGAAAUGACCAAACAGUAUUGAAGGGCGGGGCCUGUUUGAUGGGUAACCUUUUCGCAACCGUCGUCGCUGAACCUUACCGGAAACUCGAUUUACUAUUUCAAUGGAAAGGAAAGAUCUUGACCCUCGAGCAAUCAGACUUUGCAAUUGUCUUCUGCGCUCGAAAGUGGACUGUACCGUCAAAUUUGUGUUUCGAUGUGCCCGGCUUCUAUCGAUGUGGUGUAUGCUCUGAAGUCGACGUCUACCGCAAACUCCAAUCUAUCUCAGCUACAACACUACGAGACUCAUCUGUCCUUCGGACUGUCAUAUACCGGAAGAAGAGCGGCUUUGUGGUGACCAGAGAUUCAAUUAUCUCGACGGGGAGCUUCAUCAUGCCCUACAGUUUUGUUAGGAACGUAAUGGUGCUAAAGGACGGCCCGGUCAAGUGGUUUGAUUUUGAACAUUCGCUGGUGGAUCAUCGGGCACGGGAAGGCCUGUCAGAGGGACAGUUGGCUUCUGCCGUGCAGAGCCUGGAGCCAGGUGGUUUGGUUAUAUGACGAC